AUGGUAGUGAAGAUGGUGAUACUGUUGAUGAUGUUUUCUGAAGAUGAUAUGGAUAGUGGUGGCAUUAGUGAUGCCACACAAUAUAUGCUUCUAUACAAGUCAGCUAACACACCUAGUAAGUUAGCUGACCUCGUGUCUCGGCCAAAGGAAGCCCCCGAGAGUUUGCGUUCUACAACUGUGAAGACGGAGCAUCCCACCGCUGCCACCAGCUGCGAAACUGUCGCUUGUAAUAAUAGAGGUUUAGAAGGUGUACGUGAACUCUCUUGGGAUCCCUUGACCAGGAGGCAAGGGGAUAUCGCAGAAUUGCUGAGAGAAGCACUGAGAGAAGCGCUGAGUGAAGUGCUGAGAGAAGUGUUGAGAGAAGUGCUAAGAGAAUUACUGAGAGAAGCAUUGAGAGAAGUGCUGAGAGAAUUACUGAGAGAAGCAUUGAGAGAAGUGCUGAGAGAAUUACUGAGAGAAGCAUUGAGAGAAGUGUUGAGAGAAUUACUGAGAGAAGCAUUGAGAGAAGUGCUGAGAGAAUUACUGAGAGAAGCAUUGAGAGAAGUGCUAAGAGAAUUACUGAGAGAAGCAUUGAGAGAAGCAUUGAGAGAAGUGCUGAGAGAAUUACUGAGAGAAGCAUUGAGAGAAGUGCUGAGAGAAUUACUGAGAGAAGCAUUGAGAGAAGCAUUGAGAGAAGUGCUGAGAGAAUUACUGAGAGAAGCAUUGAGAGAAGCAUUGAGAGAAGUGCUGAGAGAAGCGCUGAGUGAAGUGUUGAGAGAAGUGCUGAGAGAAGCGCUGAGUGAAGUGUUGAGAGAAGUGCUGAGAGAAGCGCUGAGUGAAGUGUUGAGAGAAGUGCUGAGAGAUGCGCUGAGUGAAGUGUUGAGAGAAGUGCUGAGAGAAGCGCUGAGUGAAGUGUUGAGAGAAGUGCUGAGAGAAGCGCUGAGAGAAGUGUUGAGAGAAGUGCUGAGAGAAGCGCUGAGAGAAGUGCUGAGAGAAGUGCUGAGAGAAGUGCUGAGAGAAGUGUUGAGAGAAGUGCUGAGAGAAGUGCUGAGAGAAGUUCUGAGAGAAGUGCUGAGAGAAGUUCUGAGAGAAGCGUUGAGAGAAGUGCUGAGAGAAGUGCUGAGAGAAGCGCUGAGUGAAGUGUUGAGAGAAGUGCUGAGAGAAGAUCCGAGAGAAGUGCUGAGAGAAGUUCUGAGAGAAGCGUUGAGAGAAGUGUUGAGAGAAGUGCUGAGAGAAGCGCUGAAUGAAGUGUUGAGAGAAGUGCUGAGAGAAGCGUUGAGAGAAGUGCUGAGAGAAGAUCCGAGAGAAGUGCUGAGAGAAGUUCUGAGAGAAGCGUUGAGAGAAGUGCUGAGAGAAGAUCCGAGAGAAGUGCUGAGAGAAGAUCCGAGAGAAGAUCCAAGAGAAAUAGAUAAUAGAAAUGUUCGAAGGAAUAAAUACAAGGAAAUAUUAAAGAAUAAUAAAUACUGA